AUGAAAGAGAAUGAACUUAAAAAUGAGAAGAGUGUAGAUGUAUUAUCCGUCAAACAGCUCGAAUCCCAAAAGACUGUUCUACCUCAAGAUCUUUUCAGAAGCAGCUUUACCUGGUUUUGUUAUGAAAUUUACAAGUCCUUAGUGUUUCGCAUCUGGAUGCUAUUAUGGCUACCACUUAGCGUCUGGUGGAAACUUUCCAACAAUUGGAUUUACCCGCUUAUGGUUUCACUUCUUGUCCUGUUUUGGGGACCAGUAUUUGUUCUUGUUAUUUUUAGACUUUCUCGUAAACGUUCCUUAUCGAAACAACUCACUCAGUUUUGCAAAGAGAUUACUAAAAACACACCAAGUUCGGAUCCUCAUGAUUGGGAAGUCGUUGCAGCAAAUCUAAAUUCGUACUUCUAUGAAAAUAAGGCUUGGAAUACCAAGUACUUUUUUUUCAGUGCCAUGAGCUGCCAAGAAGCAUUCAGAACAACCCUUCUCGAACCCUUCUCUUUGAAAAAAGACGAAGCUGCCAAGGUUAAGUCAUUUAAGGAUUCCGUCCCUUACAUUGAAGAAGCAUUGGAAGUUUAUUUUACAGAAGUUGAAAAACAAUGGAAGUUGUUUAAUUCUGAGAAAUCAUGGAGCCCUGUUGGCCUGGAAGAUGCUAAACUUCCCAAGGAAGCUUACCGAUUUAAGCUUACCUGGGUUCUCAAAAGGAUUUUCAACCGGCGGUGUUUACCACUCUUCCUUUUUUAUUUGCAUAAUGUCUUCAUUUCACGAAAUGAUGGCACUAUAGCACGUCCCUUGUUUCUUGUGGUGCUGUUUUUUAUCAUGACGAGAGAUUUCCGGAAUAUGAGGAUGAUCGUUUUAUCCGUGAAAAUGGAACACAAGAUGCAGUUUUUAUCGACUAUUAUAAAUGAGCAAGAAAGUGGUGCAAAUGGAUGGGACGAAAUUGCAAAGAAAAUGAAUAGGUACUUGUUUGAGAAAAAAGUCUGGAAGAAUGAAGAGUUUUUCUUUGACGGGAUUGACUGUGAAUGGUUUUUUAGCCACUUCUUCUACCGCGUUCUCUCUGCAAAGAAAUCUAUGCGGGCUCUAUCAUUGAAUGUGGAACUAUGGCCAUAUAUUAAAGAAGCGCAAUUAUCCUGCAGUGAGGAGUCCUUAGCGUAA